CAUACUAAAUAUUAUUUUCCUCCCUCGCAAACGGUGCAAAGGUAAGAAAAAUAGAAAUAGGUUAGACUGAGACAGCGCAUCGCCCUGAAGGUCGUAGAACUCAAAAACCCCUCGUAUUUUGUCGUAUUUCGUUCACCGUAUUCUCCUUGCAAUCAGCAUCUCUCCUCAAUCUCCGGCGACUUGAUUGUGCCGGAAUCCACCAUUAUGGACGACGACGUUUCGAACCCAUUACGUCGCAUGUCCAGCCGAACCCGAAAGGUCGCUCCAAAGAUGGUUGCGGCGCUUGCUAGCAGUGACAACCGUACCCAGGCAGCUCUGGCUCGGCUCGAAGCCUUGGAGAAUGAUAAUGCCGGUAUCGAGACAGUUGAAGUUAAUGACGAAGACGAGGAUUCUCUCGACGAAGAUGAUCAAGCAUAUAUGCAAAAGAAACAGUCCAAGAGCAUGAAGCGCAAAACACGACAGGCAAAAGCUCUCGAAGCUAGGAAGGCUCCAAGAUCAUUUAUUGAGCUCCUACAUGAGGCAAAUUUGGAAUCUUUACCACCUAAUGUUCCCUCCUAUCUAAAGGCCGCAGUAGGACCUCCAAGCUCAACCUCUCGCCGACAUUACUGUACGGUUUGUGGUUCUGCUGCUAAAUAUACGUGUGUGAGGUGUGGUAUACGCUUUUGUUCAUGUCGUUGCCAGAAUAUACAUAAUGAUACUCGUUGUCUUAAGUUUGUUGCUUGAUUGCUUUAGUGGAGAAUUUUGUAUAGUGAAAUUGGAUGCUUAAAUGUUGUUGGUUUGGAUUUUCCAUUGUCUUUUCCCUGACAGAAAUGGCGUAUCAUUUAGUAAUUACUUUAUGGUUUUAAAUUCAAAGUGAUAACCUCUCCUUGGUCGCCUAUAAUUUACAUGUUACUUUGAUGA